ACUCGAAGCGAUCGGUCGCAUGCUCCGUGAAAUUCAGCACUCAAGCUUAAUCCUUUGUGACCCAAACGGCGUCCUUAUAAAAAUUAAGAACUUGGUGAAAAAAUAAGUGCAAUUAGUUAUAAAAUAAUCCCUAAAAUAGUGUGCAACAGAAUGCAGAAUAUGAGGAUGCCAAUAUAGAAUUAUCGCGAUCGGAGUGCUAAUCAAUUACUUAAAAAAAAAAAACUUAGAACAAAUCUAAAUAAAUACAAAACUAUUUCAUGCAACAUUUAAAUAUGAAUCUCGUAAUACGCAAUCUCGUGCUGGCGUUCAUCGCCAUUGCAUUUUGGAAGACGACACACGCUUAUUCCAGUUUUCCAACUGACAUAAACAGCAAUUACUUCGACGUGCGGAAUUCGACCUUGGCCAUGACCAUGACCACCUCCCAUCCACAAACCAAUCGUCCUCUCGCUCGCUACGUCCUCCCACCAAACGAGUUGCAUGCCGCGGACGAGGACGAGGAGUCCUCUGACUUCGAGCAGUACUCCGAGGAUCGGGCGGUCCAGCGGGACAGGUCGUACCUCAUCCGGUUGAUCCGCAGACGCGUGCCACGUGAUCAGGCCCCCCAGCAAGUAAUUCUUCAGGGCCGCAGUCUCAGUGGCGUCCACUGGGGGCAGGGCGACGACAAUCAUCUUAGCUCCGAUGCGGCCGUCGAUGGGAGCGAUGACUAUCUAUCGGAUCAGCCGGGCGAGUUGACAGUGUUGAAAGAGCGAAUCGCAGUACAGAACUCCGUUGAAAAGUUGAGGACUAUCAAAUACAACAAUAAUCGUACCAGGGAGCUCAAAAAAAAGGUCGAGGCGCACCGACUGCUGAUGGCAAAGGAGGGUACCUGCCGGGUUCCAAGGCCGGAGGUGGUCCACAUCACGAGAGAAACGAACACGUUCUACUCGCCCCGUGCCACGAUUCUGCACAGAUGCAGCGACAAGGUCGGAUGCUGCAAUGCCGGUUGGACCUGCCAGAUGAAGAGGAACGAAACGGUGGAUCGGGUGUUCGACAAGGUGGAUGGCCGUUCCAACGAGCCCAUCGUUAUCUCAAUGGAGAACCACACGGAAUGCGGAUGUGUGAAGGUGGAAACGCGCCGGAAACGAAGUCCCAUUUGCCUGUGCCCCAAGCACUUCAAGGACUUUAGCUGGGCGGGAUCGCGUGCGCAGUGGGAGAAUGAGGAGCACCUGGAGCUGCGUCUGUGGGAGCGGAGGGAGCAGCGCUGCCGAUGCGACUGCCACCUCAGCGACGACACGUGCAAGAGGCUGAAAAACGGCGAUGAGGGAUUCUCGGUGAUGGAGCGACGCCGCAUUCAAAGUGGAGAAGUCAGUCCGCCGUUUUGCAACUACGGGGCAUAUGAUGUGAAGAACGGUCGAUGUCCGCGUCCGGGUCUUCCAAAUCGGAAUCCCAAUCUGCAACAGCAUUUGCAGUCGAGGCGUCAGAAUGGCAAAAGCUAAACCAAAUUCCCAUUGAAAGAAUGAAAAGCCUGAACUUAUAUCUACAUUUUAUAAAGUUCAUGGCAUUGAAGAAAAACUGCGUUUAAAGAUACGCAAUGGCCAUAGAACAAAGAAAUCCAGAAAUCCGAACUGAUCGUUCGGAUAAGCGGGCAAACUAAAGGCAUACUAUGUUUGGUUGUUAGUAUUAUGAGUUAUAAUAUUAUAAUAUUAAAGACCGAUUCAAAUUCAUAUUUGGACCAAGUGAUUACUUUACAGAAAAUAAACUUAAAAUGUACUCUUAAUUAAGCUGAGUUUAAGAUGCCAGUGAAACUAGAUAAAAUCAGACAUUGGGAACUGAAAGUAUUAGUACUUUCGGACAUUUUUUUGAAAAAGUCUACAGUGUUUUAUUUAUUAAAAUCAUAAGAAUCUGUCGAACUCAAAAUCACUGUAGCGCUUUCAUAGAAAAUGUCUUAAGUAACUGCCAUUUUCGGUCCUCUUUAAAAAUAAAUUAAAUAGAUUCCCAAGUUCCAAUCAGAAGUAUUGACAAACAACAUUCGAGUGUACUUAAGUUAUUGUCGAUUAAGUUGACCUCCUAGCUACUUAUUUAAUAUAUUUUUGUAUCCAAUAAAAAAUACGUCUAGUCACA